CCCUCUCUGGCGCAGGAGAUUCCUGUUGAGUCUUAGUCCUGUUGGCUUUAUAAACGAGAGGAAAAAGAGUCUGGAGCGGGAGAGGCUGCAGGGAGACAAAGGCCUGUCUGUCUUUACAGAUGACAUUUUCUUGUUCUCUUCUGCCCUGAAUGUUUCCAAAGCAUGCAGGCAACAAGCUUAUUAAUUUUGGUGGGAUUUAUAACGGAGUUUCAAAUCUUCUCGAGAGCCUCUUCUCCAGUCAACUGCCAGUGGGACUCCUAUGGCCCUUGGUCAGAAUGUAAUGGCUGUACCAAGACUCAGACUCGAAGGCGUUUGGUUGCUGUUUAUGGGCAAUAUGGGGGUCAUCCAUGUGUAGGAAGCGCUUUUGAAACACAGUCCUGCAGCCCUGACCGCGGCUGUCCAACUGAAGAGGGCUGUGGGGAACGUUUUAGAUGUUUUUCAGGGCAGUGCAUCAGCAAAUCGUUGGUUUGCAAUGGAGAUUCUGACUGUGAGGAAGAUGGCGCUGAUGAAGACAGAUGUGAGGAAUCAGAAAGAAGACCUUCCUGUGACAUUGAUAAACCUCCUCCCAACAUAGAACUUACUGGCAAUGGUUACAACGCACUUACUGGAGAGUUUAGGAACAGAGUCAUCAACACCAAAAGUUUUGGUGGCCAGUGCAGGAAAGUGUUCAGCGGGGACAGAAAAGAUUUCUACAGACUAAGUGGAAAUGUCCUCUCUUACACAUUUCAGGUCAAAGUAAACAAUGAUUUUAACUAUGAGUUUUAUGACAGUAGCUGGUCUUACAUAAAGCAAACAGCCACAGAUCAUACAUCUUCCAGUUCAAACAGGUUCUCUGUGUUUUACUUCUCAUCAUCUAAUGAUCAAAAGGAGUCUUCAGAUACCAAGAAAAUCUACAUGGAAAAGAGUUAUAAAUUGUUGGUUGUUCAUAACAGUGUUGAAGUGGCCCAGUUCAUUAAUAAUAAUCCUGAAUUUUUACAACUUGCCGAGCCAUUCUGGAAGGAACUCUCCCAUCUCCCCACUCUGUAUGACUACAGUGCCUACCGACGGUUAAUUGACCACUAUGGGACACAUUAUCUGCAGUCUGGGUCCUUAGGAGGAGAAUAUAGAGUUCUAUUUUAUUUGGAUUCAGGAACCAUCAAACACAAUGGUUUUGGGUCAAGCCAAGAGAAGGCAUGUUCUUCUUCAGAUUUGCAAUUAUUUUUUGGAGCAUCAGCAGAUCAGAGAUGUAAGGAACUGGAAAAAGCUUUCAGGUCCACUUCAGGAAGCCAGAGCAGCGUCCUUCGAGGAAAGGCACUUGUCAGAGGUGGAGCUCCUACCUUGCACGCUGACCUUAGUUUACUGGAGCUGAACAAUCCCACUAGAAACAAGGAGCGCUACAUGGCCUGGGCCAACUCUGUAACCAACCUUCCCCAAGUCAUAAAACAAAAGCUGACGCCAUUGUAUGAGCUGGUCAAGGACGUGCCCUGUGCCUCUGUGAAAAGACUGUACCUAAAGCGGGCUCUUCAGGAGUAUUUGGAUGAAUCUGACCCCUGCCAUUGCCGGCCUUGCCAGAAUGGUGGCCUCGCUGUUAUUGUUGGGACACAGUGCCAUUGUCAGUGCAAACCGAACACAUUUGGUGUGGCGUGUGAGCAAGGAGUCCUUGUCGGCGAUCAAGCAGGAGGAGUCGAUGGAGGUUGGAGUUGUUGGUCCUCUUGGAGCCCCUGUGUUCAAGGCAAGAAAUCAAGGAGUCGAAAAUGCAACAAUCCCCCUCCCAGUGCGGGUGGAAAAGACUGUAUUGGAGAAACAAGCGAAAGCAGUCAGUGUGAAGACCAGGACUUGGAGAACUUACGAUUACUUGAGCCACACUGCUUUCAUUUGUCCUUGGUUCCAAAAGAAUCCUGCCCAUCACCCCCUGCCUUAAAAGAAGGAUUUGUUCAAGGCGAAGGUACCAUGUUUCCUGUUGGGAAAAGCAUAGUAUAUGCUUGCAAUGAAGGGUAUGCUCUUAUUGGAGAUCCUGUUGCCAGAUGUGGAGAAGAUUCACAGUGGCUUGUUGGAGAAAUGCAUUGUCAGAAAAUUGCCUGUUCUCUACCUGUACUGAUGAAAGGCAUGAAGAGUCACCCCCAGAAACCUUUUUAUAUGGUUGGUGAGAAGGUGACCCUUUCCUGUGUGGCUGGCAUGUCCUUAGAAGGUCCUUCAGCGUCCCGUUGUGGCUCUAGCCUUAAAUGGAGUCCUGAGCUGAAGAAUUCCCAGUGCGUGCAAAAAUUUGCUACCACUCUACCACCGGCAGCUCCACCUGUAUGUCAGCCCUGGGAGAAACUGCAGAACUCAAAAUGCGUCUGUAAAAUGCCCUAUGAGUGCGGACCCUCCUUGGAUGUAUGUGCUCAAGAUGAGAGAAGCAACAGGAUAUUGCCUCUGACCAUUUGCAAGAUGCACGUUCUCCACUGUCGGGGAAGAGCUUACACUCUUGCCGGCAAGGACAGCUGUGCUCUCCCUGCCUCCUCAGAGGAGAAAUCCUGUGGUGCAUGUCCACCAUGGAGCAAGUGUGAUGCCCAGAACAGCAAAUGUAUCUGCAGAGAAGCAUCGGAGUGCCAGAAGGAAGGGUACAGCAUCUGUGUGGAAGUGGAUGGCAAGGAGGAGACAAUGUCUGAGUGUGAGGCAGGCAUCUUAAGAUGCAGAGGGCAGAGCAUCUCCAUCACAGCCAUACGGCCUUGCACUGAAGAAGCCCAGUAGGUCCCGGGGGGCCUUGUCCUCUUCAUCUGAAUCUAGUGAGCGGUGGAUGCCAAGUUAACACAUCUGUAACUGCUCCGUAGAUCACUUUCCCAGCAUGAAGGCACAUCUCUUCCUCAUUCCUCUCCAGUAUUUACUUUUCCCUUCUGUGUUCA